UCAUCUUUCUCGCGUCUUCUUCCUCUCUCUCCCCCUCCAAUAAUUUGCCUACCUGGGAAACCAACUGGGAGCCUUCUCCUUCCAGAGCUCCUGCCGGAUCACCGGUGCUCUCUCUCUCUCCCUCCAUACGUGCCUGGCCUGUGUGUGCAAGACCGGCCGGAGCUUGACGAUGGGGCGGGGCAAGAUAGUGAUUCGGCGGAUCGACAACUCCACGAGCCGGCAGGUGACGUUCUCGAAGCGGCGGAGCGGGAUCUUCAAGAAGGCCAAGGAGCUCGCCAUCCUCUGCGACGCCGAGGUUGGACUGAUCAUCUUCUCCAGCACCAGCCGCCUCUACGAGUACGCCAGCACCAGCAUGAAGUCAGUGAUUGAUCGAUAUGGCAGAGCCAAGGAGGAGCAGCAGCUUGUGGCAAACCCCAACUCGGAGCUUAAGUUCUGGCAAACGGAGGCAGCAAGCUUGAGACAACAGCUGCACAACUUGCAAGAAAAUCAUCGGCAGUUGAUGGGACAAGAUCUUUCUGGAUUGGGCGUCAAGGAACUUCAAAAUCUAGAAAAUAAGCUAGAAACGAGCCUACGUUGCAUCCGGACAAAAAAGGACCAACUCUUGGUUGAUGAAAUUCACGAACUGAAUCAAAAGGGAAGUCUCAUCCAACAAGACAGCAUGGAACUAUACAAAAAGGUCAACCUGAUUCGUCAGGAAAAUGUCGAGUUAUACAAGAAGCUCUACGAGAAAGAAACAGCAAAUGAAGUCAUCCGAGAUUCAACAACUCCAUACAACUUUGCGGUUGUCGAGAAUGCCAACAUUCCUGUUCAUCUUGAACUUAAUACUCCACCGCAAGAAAACGAUGUUGAGCAAACUGCACCUCCUAAACUAGGGUUACAGCUAAAUCCAUGAAGACAUGCGGUAUGGAAUUGCUUAUGUUCUCAUUAUUCUCAGAGGCUGCAACUCAAAGUAUCCAGAAAUACGAUUGAUUGUAAUGAGCCUAAACACAGCAAGACAGACAAAGUAUGCAUGCCAUGGACGAUUGACAAUGGUAGUGUAAAUCUAUUUCAAAUAAGAUGCAUUUUGUUGAACAAUGCAGCAAAUGAUUUGUCUUAUAACUAUUUGCCACGUUCUGCAAGCUUGUUCACCAACAUGAGUACAUGACAGCUACAAUUCUACAAAUGUUCAUGCAAACUUAUUGACAAAAAGAUAUAGCGUGUAAAGUGUAUAUCGGAAAAAUUC